AUGAUCAAUGGCACAGUGGAAACCGAUGAACCGUCCUACAAAUCUGAAUAUCUCUGUGCCAGCCUUUGUUACGGACUUGAAUUAUACUCUGCGAUGCUUUUCUUAUUAUUCACCAUUUCUUAUACUUUAUACAUGUGCAACAGGAUGCGCUCUACAUCAGCCACCAUCUCAGAUGUUGAAGAUGUAAACGGUCAUUAUGUAAGUUUCCCUCAAGGUCUUGAAGAUGUUGUCAUCUCAACUUUUCCAACUUUUACUUAUAAGGACCGAGAUACCAAUAAUAAUUGUGACUCCAGUUGUUCUAUUUGUUUGGCGGAUUAUGAAGCUGCUGAUGUUAUACGGUUGUUGACCGAAUGUGGACACUUGUUUCAUAGUGGAGGAACUAAAUACAUCGAAUGUAAGUCAUCAAAAAUAAAAUCAAAUAAUUGGAACCUUAAACCAAAUGUCAAUACUUGUACACCCACUUCAUUAUGGAAUUCCCGAAUCUUUGUCCUUAAGAGAAGUGUUAGGCGUUGGAGGCCGAGAGCGCCUAAACCUUCAACGCAGACGAUCGACAUGGAGCUUGACGAAUGCGAGGUGAAAACUCUGCAUAAUACAAGCUCAAGAAGCAUAUGA